AUGUCGCAAACAAUGAAAGCAGUUGUUUUCAAGGGACCUCACAAGGUCGAGAUUGAAGACCGUCCUGUUCCUAAGAUCCAAGAAGAUGGAGAUAUCAUUGUCAAGGUUGAGUACUCAGCACUCUGCGGCAGUGAACUACACGUCUUCCGUGGCCACCAACCAUCAGACACUGGAUUCAUCAUGGGCCACGAAUUCACCGGCCGAGUCACCGAAGUCGGUAAAGCCGUGACUACAUUUAAAGAAGGCGAUCUCGUCGUCUCUCCCUUCACAACUUCCUGCGGAGAGUGUUUCUACUGCAAGCACGGCUUCUCAUCUCGUUGUGAGAAGUGUUUGCUAUUUGGAUGUCCUAAACUUGAUGGUGGUCAGGCUGAAUACGUCCGUAUUCCUACAGCUGAGGGUACAGUCAUGAAAGCACCUGAAGGACUCGAGGAGAAAGCUCUGGUUCUCAUGGCAGAUAUCUUCCCUACUGGCAUGUUUGCAGCCAAAAACGCAUUCAAGGAGUUGAGUAAGGAAGAGGCUCAGGAGAGCACAGUUGUGCUGCUUGGUCUUGGACCUGUGGGAUUGUGUGCUUUGGUCAAUGCUCUGGACUAUAAGCCUAAGCAUCUACUUGCUGUCGACAGCGUGGACAGCAGAUUGCAACAAGCAAAGGGUCUCGGAGCCGAACCCUGGAACUUCCAAACCGACAGAGAAGGUUUGGAGAAGAGAGUCAAGGAACUCACCAAUGGCAGGGGUGCAGAUGUUGUCAUUGAAGUCGUUGGUCUGUCACCUGCCCUCAAGCUCGGUUUCGAUCUUCUCAGACCUUGGGGCGUCAUCUCGAGUGUUGGUGUGCACAAUGCCGAGAUUCCUUGGACAGGCAAUCAAGCAUACAACAAGAACUUGCGUAUCCAGAUGGGCCGCUGCCCUGUCCGUUCCACCUUUGCAGAAGCGCUCGAGAAACUCAAGCAGAAGCAACAUCUGCUCGGCUUCAUGUUCGAGAAGGUCAUGCCGCUCUCUCAGGCUUUGGAAGGCUACGAUCUGUUUGACAAGAUGAAGGUGCAGAAGGUCGUUUUUCAGCCUGGUCAGUAG